GCUGCGAGCGCGCCAGGCGCGGCGGGCGAUGGAGCGCGGGGCCGUGCGGGCCAUGGCGGCCCGGCUGGGCCUGGCCGAGCCCGCCCUGCUCAGAAAAGCUGAGGAGUAUCUGCGGCUGUCCCAGGUGAAGUGCACGGGGUUAAUGGCUCAAAUGACGGCGACCAGCAGUGCUGUGAUGUGCCUGGACCUGGCGGCGAGUUUCAUGAAACAACCGGUUGACAAAAGCUAUUGUGUUAAACUCUCUGGUUUGAACAAGACCACCUACCAGAGCUCCAUGAAGUCUUUGGAGUGUUUGCUAGGGGUGAACCAGAGGCUGGGGAUGAGAGACUUGGCUGUGCAGUUCUGCUGCUCAGAGGCAGUGAACACGGCUUCAGAGAUCCUGCAGAGGUACGAGUGCAGCCUCUCGGAAGCACAGCGAGUGGACCUGGACUUCUCCAAACCCCUGUUCAUAACAGCUGCUCUGUGCACUGCAUGCAGGUGUUUGAAGCUAAAAGUGGACAAAACUAAAAUGGUGGCUACAUCUGGAGUGAAAAAAGCAAUAUUUGACCGGCUGUGCAGUCAGCUGGAGAAGAUAAGCCAGCAACUCAGCAAAGAUGUUCCACUGGCUGCAGAGACGCCUGACAGCUUGCAAAGCACCCUGGAGCAGUGUGAGCAGGAAGAUGGCUCUGAAGAGGAUGAGGAACUGCCAUGUAAACGGCCAAAGACUGAAACAAAUCAGGACUAUGAGGAGUGGAAAAAGAAAAUCCUGGAAAAUGCUGCUAAGGCACAAGAGACAAGGAGUAGUGACUCUGUAAUGCCACCCAGUAAUGGAACUGCUGCUUGCUCUUGAUUUUAACUCUCCCUCUGCUCUAACAAGAGAUUCAGUAGCAUGUGAAUGAUGGCUGCCUGGCAGACAGCUGAUUUUAUUUAGGUUUUAAGUAUUUAAGAAUGUUAUUUUUAAUAAAUGACACCACAGAGUGAUGGGAUUUUACAGGAAGUGUGUGUGACUGCUCACCAGGCUGUGGCAGUAGGAGUAGAAUAGCUUCAUCCUCUUCUGCAAGAAGCAGAUAACAUUCUAAUGCUACUUUAAGUGUAAAUAAGUUAUAAGUUACAGGCCCUUGGGCCCCUGGCUGUAUAGGAGCUAUACACAAGAGCUGAUCCUGCAGCACCCCUGUUUCCUAGGACACAGACCUUGGAUAUUCAGGGGUAAUUCAGAACUAAAAUGUCAGUGAAAUAAUAAGAAGGGGACUAACAGUGCCUUGUUAAACUGCAAAGCCAGCAGAAAAAUAAAGCCUUGUUUGUUUAGUUUUUUUGGGGUUUUUUAAUAAAUAUUUUUUAGUCAAUGAAUUUGACUUAUUUUUUUGUGUAUAGGAAUGAAAUCUCUUGUGCUUUUGUAAG